AUGGGCAUGGUCGCUUCGGGGGCGCUGCUGGAAUACACGACCGGCAACAUGAAAGUUUUUCGAGACGUCCCUGCCCUGAUCAUCCUGGUCCCGGCCUUGUUGGGCUUGAAGGGGAACCUGGAGAUGACGCUGGGCGCGCGCCUGGGCUCGCACGCCAACAAGAAUGAGCUUGAAGGGGAGACCUUCUGGCCCAUCGUGAACAGCAAUUUGAUGGCCAUACAGGGCCAGGCGAUCGUCGUAGGCACGGUGGCUUCCAUGCUCGCGGCCUUUGAGAACUACAUCACAUCUGGCUGGAGCCCAGCCGAAGUCUUGCUGCUCGCUUCGAGCUCCAUCACCGCCGCCAGCAUUGCGUCUUUGGUGCUCUCCUGUCUCAUGAUUGCCAUUGUUGUGGCUGCGUCUCGGCGGGGGGUGGAUCCAGACAAUAUAACGGCCCCGAUUGCAGGAACCCUGGGAGACUUCUGCACUCUCAGCAUCGUGGUCCUUGUGGCGAAGCUCUUUUGGGCUCUCCCCGAGUCACUCUUUUUCACAGCGAUUCCCUGCCUACUCUGUGUGUACCCUUUCGUGGCAGCUUUCUGCUGCAUGGGCGCAUACCGAAGCAAGUACUCCCAUGAGAUCAUGAAGUAUGGCUGGUAUCCGAUCCUGGUUUCAAUGCUCUUGAGCAACCUGUCGGGACCCAUCUCCCAAGCCUCUAUCCAGAAGUUCAAGAACUUUGCUCUCUUCCAGGUGGUGAUGAACGGUGCCGGCGGGAACUUAGGGGCCAUAUUCUCAGCGAAGCUCUCAACCGAUCUUGCCCUCACAAAGGCCGAGUUGGAAGGCACAGUCAAAGCCUACUUGCAGAAGCCGCUAAACCUCCCGCCGGCCUUCCGCAUGCUCAACAAAAGUCUUAGCACUUUGGGGCAGACGAAAAACGAUCCACGGGUCCUGGGCCUUGGCAAUGCAGUUGACGUUCACCUGCAGCUCCGAAACAGCUGGGUGGAUUUGGAGAUGCGGGACCAGCACUUCGAGGAUUGGCUCUCCCUGCGCGUGCUCAGAGAGAGCGGGGAGAUGGGUCGCUUUGCAAGGCUGCUCUUUAUCCUCAUCGUCCCAGGCCAGAUUUUGUUUUCAUGCGUCGUGAUUGGAAAUGCAUCGGGUCUCUCGGCCCUGCCUACACCGCUUUUCCUAGCCUGCUUCAUCACGGCCAGCCUGUGCCAAGUAUCUAUCUUGAUGAUGGCAGCUCGCAGUCUCGUCGUCGUGCUCUGGAAGAAUCGCAUAGAUCCCGACAAUGCCGCCAGCCCCCUGAUCUGCGGUCUUGGUGACCUUUCGGGUACUUCGCUGAUGGCCCUCGCAUUCUAUGCCGUCCAAGAGUGUGGUGGUCAGGUCUGGCCCGGAGGAGGGCUCUGA